UUGACAUCCACGAAAAAGAACGGUUUGUUUUUAACAAUGGUUUUUACGAAGAAGAAACUGCAGCGCUGUCCUGAAAGCACAUUUAGAAACCACUACAGCCUGGGGGUGACUAGUUCCAUGUUGCCAGAACUGCAGCAGAAUACCAUUUGCAUCGGAGCCACAGCCAUUCCCCCAUGUCCAACCGCCACAGGCACAUCGGCAACAGGGGUGCGGAGAACAGAAUGGAAUCAGACAGAGGAAGGAGAAGAGAAGUUUCCUCCACCACUGAACCAUCAAACACAGAACAGACUCCAACCCCUGAGACCUCCAGUUCACAACCCCCUCAGCCAGACACAGACCAGACUCCAACGCCUGAGACCUCCAGUUCACAACCCCCUCAGCCAGACACAGACCAGACUCCAACGCCUGAGACCUCCAGUUCACAACCCCCUCAGCCAGACACAGACCAGACUCCAACCCCUGAGACCUCCAGUCCACAACCCCCUCAGCCAGACCCCAACCUCUGGCCUUGAGACCUUCAGUCCACAACCCCCUCAGCCAGACACAGACCCCACCCCGGGACCUCCUCUGACCAACCGAAGCCAUGAGUGUCUUUUAAACAACAUAAAAGCUUGCCAGUAUAAUGCAAAAAUGAGCUAUAUGAGGACUUUGCUGGCCCAUUGGAAAACAUCCGCUGAAGAACCAAAGCCUCCAAAAGGAAAGACAAUAAAGAAACUUGCUCAAACAUCCCAAAAAAGAACAAACAAUGAACCAUCUCAGAAGUGCAAAACACAACAGGCAAAUAAAUCACACUGUAGUUACAGCCCAAGAAGAGGAGGAUAAACAAAGCUGCCAAAAUACAGACACAAACAAAGAUUUUCCUCAAAUACCAGCCACAAACAAAGAAGUCUCUCAAAUGCCCCCAAUAAGGCAAGUGGACAUGGAGGUAACUGAAACAUGGGACUCAGCGGACAUUCUGACCUACCAGAUUCUAUGACAUCCUAUGGGUUCUCGUGCGCUUAUUUACACACACCAGUGCACAGUACACAAAGACUUUUCUUUUGUAAAGUUAUGUCGGUGAAGAAUGUUUCAUAAAACAAAGUUAGUUUUCAGAACCAAGAGUUGUAUAUAGAUACUGUAUGUCUACAUUUGUUUUCUAUUUAAAAAGUAUCUCAAACAGAGGUUGUCCUCUACUGGUUAAGACCAUGGUCAGUUUCGGUACGUUGGUAUCAGUUUUAAAUGUAGUCAAACGUAUUUUCUUAGUUUCACUCCCUGGUAAAUGCAACGACUUGGGACUGUUCAAAGUGCUUGCACUAAAGCUGAACAUGCAGAAAACCUGAACAUUUUGAUUAUCAGGAGUGAACUUUACAUUAUUACAUCCUGAGCAUUGCCCCUGUCGUUUAAUGAAGGGUCAAUAAUGUUAAUCCAGCUGGAAAAACUAACAUUUUGUAUAAAAACAUUGUAAAUA